AUGCAUUCUAGCGAGACCCCUGGCGCUUCCACGCGUUCCUUACACGCCGACGAUGCAUUCAACAUUGUCACAGAUGUUGCUCCUCCAAUGCACGUCUCCACCACAUUCCGUUACUCAGAUGAUCCCUCCCACCUAGUCCCCUACGCUGAUAUCACCUCCCCCGGUGACCCAACCGUCCACGUCUACUCCCGCGCUUCCGCCCCAAACCCCUCCCGCUUCGAAGCAAUCCUCUCCUCCCUCAUCCACGGCCAAUCCAUCUCCUACUCCUCAGGCCUCUCAGCCCUCCAUUCAGCCCUAACCCUCCUAAACCCGCGCCGCAUCUCCGUCGGCGAUGGCUACCACGGCUGCCACGGCGUCAUCGCCCUCUUCACCCGCCUCACGGGCCUCCAGAAACUAGAUCUAGAUUGUCCAGCGGACGCCCUCGAAAAGGGUGAUGUCAUCCUCCUCGAAACGCCCGUUAACCCCUACGGCACGGCCUUCGAUAUAGCCCACUAUGCCGAGAAAGCCCAUUCCCGUGGUGCGUUCCUUAUCGUCGAUAGUACUUUUGCUCCGCCGGGUUUACAGGAUCCUUUCCUGCAUGGCGCUGAUUUGGUUAUGCAUUCCGGGACGAAGUAUUUCGGGGGUCAUAGUGAUAUGCUCUGUGGUGUUCUUGCUACGAAGCGUGAUGACUGGGCUGCGCAGCUUAAGUCCGAUCGGCUGUUUAUUGGUAAUGUUAUGGGUAAUAUGGAGAGUUGGCUUGGUGUGCGCAGUCUGCGCACACUUGAAGUCCGCGUCCAGCGUCAGAGUGAUAGUGCUACGAGGCUUGUUGGGUGGUUGGAUGGUUGUCUUCGUGUGAGAGAUCCGGUGGCUGGGAGUGAUGCGGCUGCUGUGCAGGCUGUUCUGAAGGAAAUCUUUCAUGCUAGUGUUCAGAAGGUUGAGGGGGAUUGGCUGAAGAAGCAGAUGCCUAAUGGGUUCGGGCCUGUUUUUGCUAUCUCUAUGACUGAGGAGCGCUUUGCGAAGGAGUUGCCUAGUAAGUUGAGGCUGUUCCAGCAUGCUACUAGUCUCGGGGGUGUUGAGACUUUGAUUGAGUGGAGGACUAUGUCGGAUGCUUCGGUUGAUCGUCGGUUGUUGAGGAUUAGUAUUGGGUUGGAGAAUUGGGAGGAUUUGAGGAAUGAUUUGGCUAGGGCUUUUAGAGAGUUGGUAUAG